AUGGCGUCACCGUUCGUAGAAGACCCCGUGGAGCUUGGUGCGCGGAUAGUGAGAGGUGCGCUCAGAAGAGCCAGAACUUUUAGAGACCGGCAAAACCCGUUGGCAUUCCAUGAUGACCAUCUUUAUGAAAGAUAUCGAUUUUCAGCUGAGGGAAUGACCUAUCUUUGCAAGCUUCUUGAGCCGUAUGUGACUCAUCGAAGCCGUGCGCUCACAGUCCCACAGACUGUAUGCGUAGCGUUGCGUUACUUCGCUACGGGUGUUUUUAUGUACAGUGUGGGUGAUGCGGAGAACCUGAGCAAGAACACCGUCUGCCGCGCAAUUCGGAAGGUGGUGCUUGCUCUAGCACAGCUCUUGAACACAUUUGUUGUGUUCCCAGGGCACCUUCCCAUGCAGGCAAUUAAAGAGGGAUUUUAUUACAUAGCAGGCUUCCCGAGGGUGAUUGGUGCCAUUGAUUGCACCCAUAUCCCCAUUGCUGCAUCGCUGGGGGAGAAUGAAGGCGAUUACAUUAAUCGCAGGUCAUUCAUUCAUUGCAUCAACGUUCAGAUGACUUGUGACCAUCAAUACUUGUUGACCAGCAUUGAGGCAAAGUGGCCUGGGUCAGUCCAUUACUCCCGGAUCUUUAGGGACUCUGCACUGUGCCACAGACUAGAGCAAGGGCUCUUCAGUGGAUUUCUGGUAGGGGACCGAGGGUACGCCUGCCAGCCCUUUUUGAUGACCCCCUAUCCUGACCCAAACACAAGGCCACAGACUGCUUUUAAUGUGGCCCUGAACCGAACAAGGGUCAAGAUAGAGAUGACCUUUGGCAUCAUAAAGGCACGCUUUAACUGCCUGCGUGGCCUCCGAGUGGCCCCAGACCGGGCUUGUCAGAUUGUAACAGCCUGUGUUGUGCUCCACAAUGUGGCCUCGAUACAAAAGGAGAGAGAACCACCUGUCAGCCAGCAACCCCCAGAUGUGGUAGACCCCUUCACCCUUGACUACCCUACUGGCAGGGCCGUGAGAGACCCUAUAACGCAGCAGUUUUUUGUUUAA